UGGUAGCCUCUUGAGCGUGUCCCGGAAUUGUUGUCCCCCGGAAUACCGAUGAAAGUGACUUUCUUCAUACUUUCUCGCUUCUACCAGCAUCUUACGUUACAUACACAAGAUCAGUUUUCUACCGUCCGUCGCGCAUUUCAGACCCACCGUGUUUUCCGCUAAUGUAACUGAUGUACGAGGAUCGUUACAUAUAUAUGUGUUAUAUAUAUAUUGCAUUCUUAUAAAAAUAAUACUCUUGCAAAAUAACAAGAGUCACUGUUAGAUAUUACAAGUUGUCGCGUAGCACAGCUAAUAAAUAAAGAAAUAAAAAGAGGCAAGUUUGUGGAAAUCUUUAAGAAAUGGGAAUCUUUGUACGACCGAUUCUGGGAAUUUCGGAUUCCCCGAAGGAGAUGCAGGUAACAGCGAACAACGUGUUGUCUCAAGCGCAUCACGUGUCCAGAACGAAACGAGGACAAGCGAUCGGCUCCGUUCGGGGAUUUCGCGGAUGCACAAUUUGGAUGACGGGACUUUCCGGUGCCGGGAAGACUUCCAUCUCCUUUCAGCUUGAAGAAUAUCUCGUCUCUCAGGGGAUUCCCGCGUACAGCUUGGACGGCGACAACAUGCGCACCGGUCUGAACCGCAAUCUCGGCUUCAGCAAAGAAGACCGCGAGGAGAAUGUACGUCGCGUUGCUGAGGUCGCGAGACUCUUCGCGGAUGCUGGCAUCAUUGCCCUCUGUAGCUUCGUGUCGCCGUUCGCGGCGGAUCGGAAAAUAGCACGAGAAAUUCACGAGAACGCCAGUCUGCCCUUCUUCGAGGUGUUCGUCGACGCGUCCCUCCAGGUCUGCGAGGCUCGUGACGUCAAGGGGCUCUAUAAGAAGGCACGUCAGGGUAUCAUUAAGAGUUUCACCGGUAUCGACCAAAAUUAUGACAUACCUACCGAGCCCGAUCUCAUCGUUAACACGGAGAUGGCGACGGUUCAACAGUCCACCGACAUCGUCGUCGACUUUCUCCAGCGCAAACAUAUUAUACCAAAGGUGUACGAAUUUAAGCAAUCUUUUCUGGAGUUAUUCGUGAAGGAGGAUAGAUUGGACGAGGUCCGGAAGGAGAUGGAAACUCUCCCAACUUUGGAAAUUGGGAAGAUAGACGUGCAAUGGUUGCAAGUUCUCGCUGAAGGAUGGGCGGCGCCUUUGAAAGGAUUUAUGAGAGAGAACGAGUAUCUUCAAGUGCAGCAUUUCAAUUGUCUAUAUGAAAACGGCGUGCCGAUCAAUCAAUCGAUUCCCAUUGUUCUUGCUGUGAGCACCGCUGACAAAGAGCGCUGUUUCGAGGCGGCAGCGCUUGUCCUGAGAUAUCAGGACAAAGAUCUCGCCGUCUUGCGCAAUCCCGAAUUUUAUCUCCACCGCAAGGAAGAGCGUUGCUGCCGUCAAUUCGGCACAAAUAAUCCCGGGCAUCCCUACGUCAGAUUAAUCCGUGAUUCUGGCGACUGGCUGGUCGGUGGGGAUUUGGAAGUGCUCGAAAAGAUUAAAUGGAAUGACGGGCUGGAUCACUACAGGCUGACGCCUAGCGAGAUCAGGAUUAAGUGUCGGGAGAUUGGCGCCGACGCCGUUUUCGCUUUCCAACUGCGAAAUCCGAUACACAACGGACACGCGUUAUUGAUGCAGGACACCAGGAGACGUCUCGAAGAGUAUGGCUUUAAGAAACCAGUACUCCUUCUUCAUCCUUUAGGCGGGUGGACUAAAGACGACGACGUCCCCCUGCCGGUCAGAAUACAGCAGCACCAGGCAGUCCUCGAGGAGGGUGUCUUGCACGAGGACACUAUUCUCGCUAUCUUCCCUAGCCCUAUGUGUUACGCCGGUCCCACAGAGGUGCAGUGGCAUGCCAAAGCCCGUAUGAUCGCAGGAGCCAAUUUCUAUAUCGUCGGAAGAGAUCCCGCCGGCGUUCCUCACCCUGAUGCAUCCGCCACGCCGGACGGCAAUCUUUACGACGCCACUCACGGCGCGCGCGUCCUAUCACUGGCGCCGGGUUUGCAGAAUCUCGAAAUUAUUCCUUUCAGGGUAGCCGCUUACGACACCAAAGCGAAGAAAAUGUCUUUCUUCGAGGCCGAACGGCAGCAGGACUUCGUCUUUAUAUCCGGUACCAAAAUGCGCAAUCUGGCCAAAAAUGGUGAAGAUCCUCCCGAAAGAUUUAUGGCGCCGAAAGCAUGGAAAAUUAUCGCGAAAUAUUACCAAACUGCACACACGUAAUCGACAAGCAAACGGAAUAAGUAAAGUUUAUAUAUGUACAGUCUUACAUAACUGAUAUUGUAUAAAACAUUAUAGAUUUGAAUAACGGACAGUAAGAUAUAAUAAAAUAAAACAAAGUAUACACGUAUUGUAAAAAUAA